UACCAAACAGGAAAUCAGGAAUUAACUCCGACGAUGCUUCGCCAAUCCGUUAAGGAAAUUAGUCGCUUAGUAAAAGAAAUUUAUCAACACAACUUAUUAACUUCUCUCGGUCGGGAGACCCUUGAUUAUCUCCGAGAGCAACGGCAACUAACUCCCCAACUGCUUGACCGUUUUUCGUUAGGUUGCAGCAUUAGUAACUACCAAAUAAGUAAGUUGCUUUUCCCACAGCAACAUUUUGCGGCCAAUUUAUCGUCAACUAAUUUAGUACAAAUUAAUGAUAACUAUCAAGUCCAAGAUUAUUUUUCUUCUUCCCAGUUAAUUUUGCCUCUAUUUGGUGAGAAAGGAGAAAUUAUUGCCUUUGCUUCUCGCAAGACCAAUCCUUCUUCCAGCGAGAGCAAAUAUAACUACUUACCUAAUUACUCAAAUUAUCAAAAAUCAUCCUUACUUUAUAACUAUUCCGCCGUCCGCCAGCACCGGGCGGAAGAUUGUUAUUUAGUUGAAGGAUUUUUUGAUGUGAUUAGUUUAACCAAAUCAGGAGUAGAAAAUUGUUUAGCCCUUUUGGGCACUAAUUGUUCGGAGCGACAAGUUCAGUUGCUUCACCAACUAAAAAAGCGGAUUAUUCUUUUUUUGGACGGUGACCAAGCCGGUCGCGAAGCCACGCUAACCAUCGCCCUAACUUUGUUAGCCCACGAAAUCGACUGUGAAGUAAUUAGUUAUCCUUACUCGGGCGACCCAGACGAAAUUUGCCAAAUUCAAGAAAAUCCUCAACGGUCUUCUCGUUUUGUCGAAGAAGUCACCAAACUUUUUACCAAGUUCCCGGAAAAUAUUAAACGUUUU